AUGGAGGAGGCAGGCAUGGUGGAGGAGAGAAGGCAGGCAUGGUGGAGGAGAGGAGGCAGGCAUGGUGGAGGAGAGGAGGCAGGCAUGGUGGAGGAGAGAAGGCAGGCAUGGAGGAGGAGAGGAGGCAGGCAUGGAGGAGGAGAGGAGGCAGGCAUGGAGGAGGAGAGGAGGCAGGCAUGGAGGAGGAGAGGAGGCAGGCAUGGAGGAGGAGAGGAGGCAGGCAUGGAGGAGGAGAGGAGGCAGGCAUGGAGGAGGAGAGGAGGCAGGCAUGGUGGAGGAGAGAAGGCAGGCAUGGUGGUGGUAGGUAGUGAAUAGUGAAGUGUUGGGUGUGGAUCCAGCCCCGCCACAGCAGGACACUAAUCUGCCUGGGAGAACCUAACAGCACUUCUAUCCAAGAGUGCCAACAAUCUCUACCUGGGGAGGCCAUUACACUGUACAGGGUUGAGGUCCCACUCCCAACCACUACCUGGGGAGGCCAUUACACUGGACAGGGUUGAGGUCCCACUCCCAACCACUACCUGGGGAGGCCAUUACACUGGACAGGGUUGAGGUCCCACUCCCAACCACUACCUGGGGAGGCCAUUACACUGGACAGGGUUGAGGUCCCACUCCCAACCACUACCUGGGGAGGCCAUUACACUGGACAGGGUUGAGGUCCCACUCCUAACCACUACCUGGGGAGGCCAUUACACUGGACAGGGUUGAGGUCCCACUCCCAACCACUACCUGGGGAGGCCAUUACACUGUACAGGGUUGAGGUCCCACUCCCAACCACUACCUGGGGAGGCCAUUACACUGUACAGGGUUGAGGUCCCACUCCCAACCACUACCUGGGGAGGCCAUUACACUGUACAGGGUUGAGGUCCCACUCCCAACCACUACCUGGGGAGGCCAUUACACUGGACAGGGUUGAGGUCCCACUCCCAACCACUACCUGGGGAGGCCAUUACACUGGACAGGGUUGAGGUCCCACUCCCAACCACUACCUGGGGAGGCCAUUACACUGGACAGGGUUGAGGUCCCACUCCCAACCACGCCGCUGAGUGUAAUUAUUAGGGUUAGGGUCAAGGCAGUUUGCCAAACACCUAACAUUACAUUUUAGUUUUUAAAAUCUAGUCCCAUAAGUGUUACUUUUCACCUCAUCCUGAAAUCUAUCUCUAAAUGUUAUUAUCUUUAAAGAACCCAAGUCGUAGUGUUUCUGAACUCUUGUUUAAUCUAACCCCCACCAAGCCGUGUGAGGCUGUGAGUAGGACCUCUAGGUUUUUUAAAGAAGCCCUCUAAACCUGAAUUUAAAGGUUACACGCUCUUACACCAUGUAAAACACAUUACACGCUCUCUCUGUGUGUGUGUGUGUGUGUGUGUGUGUGUGUGUGUGUGUGUGCAUAAUAACCAAACUUUCCUUGAAAUAAGAAAUCAGCUUUGUAUGUUCCUUUAUCCUGGAGCUGUAUCGUCUGUCUGCGGAGCGCGAUCCCCCCUGACCCUUUAGGAACUGGAGAGAGGGAGAACAACCUCUCACCAAUCAAUCGUGCGUGUCUGGGUCUGGGAGAGAGAGCCUCUAGCCAGAGAAAGCAGCUGGGCCUGGCGUAGUAGAAACAAGUUAAUAUAGUGGCAUGCAGCUGAAUAACCAUUAGUUGGGGGCCUCUAGCUGUUUUUAUAAUGAAUUCCCCCAUGAAUGAAUGAAGUAUCAGAAUGAGAGUUUCACUGCAGGCUCUACAUGCAGGCAGCAUAUCACCCUCCCCUCUGUCUCGUGUUCGCUCUUUUCUCUCUGGUUUUCUCUUUCUGUUUCUUUUCUCAUUUUCUCUCGCUCUCGCUCUCUCUUUCUCUCUCUCUCUCUCUCUCUCCCUCUUUCUCUCUCUCUCUCGCUCUCUCUCUCUCUUUCUCUUCUCUUUCUCUCUUUUUCUUUCUCUCUUGCUCUCUCUCCCUCCCCCUCUCUCUCAUUUCUUUCUCUCUAUUCCCUCUGUCACAGUCUCUUCUCACACACUGACCCAUGUAUCAAGGACAUAACACAUACCUCACAUAUUUAAACAGUGAGCCUGUCCUUGCCAAAGUGGACCCAUGUCAGUGUUAACAAAGAAAAUAGCUAUUACAAUAGCUCAGAGCAUUCGGAAAGUAUUCAGACCCCUUGACUUUUUCCACAUUUUGUUACGUUACAGCCUUAUUCUAAAAUGGGUUAAAUAAAAACAUUUCUUCAUCAAUCUACACACAAUACCCCAUAAUGACAAAACAAAUGAUGUCACAUUUACAUAAGUAUUCAGACCCUUUACUCAGUACUAUGUUGAAGCACCUUUGGCAGCGAUUACAGCCUCAUGUCUUCUUGGGUAUGACGCUACAAGCUUGGCACACCUGUAUUUGGGGAGUAUCUCCCAUUUUCUGCAGAUCCUCUCAAGCUCUGUCAGGUUGGAUGGGGAGCAUUGUUGCACAGCUAUUUUCAGGUCUCUUCUAGAGAUGUUCGGUCGGGUUCAAGUCCGGGCUCUGGCUGGGCCACUCAAGGACAUUCAGAGACUUGUCCCGAAGCCACUCCUGCAUUGUCUUGGCUAUGUGCUUAGGGUAUUUGUCCUAUUGGAAGGUGAACCUUCACCCCAGUCUGAGGUCCUGAGCGCUCUGGAGUAGGUUUUCAUCAAUGGAUCUCUCUGUACUUUGCUCCAUUCAUCUUUCCCUCGAUCCUGACUAGUCUCCCAGUCCCUGCCGCUGAAAAACAUCCCCACAGCAUGACGCUGCCACCACCAUGCUUCACCGUAGGGAUGGUGCCAGGUUUCCUCCAGACGUGACGCUUGGCAUUCAGGCCAAACAGUUCAAUCAGUUUCAUCAGACCAGAGAAUCCUGUUUCUCAUGGUCUGAGUCCUUUAGGUGCCUUUUGGCAAACUCCAAGCGGGCUGUCAUGUGCCUUUUACUGAGGAGUGGCUUCUGUCUGGCCAGUCUACCAUAAAGGCCUGAUUGGUGGAGUGCUGCAGAGAUGGUUGUCCUUCUGGAAGGUUCUCCCAUCUCCACAGAGGAAGUCUGGAGCCCUGUCAGAGUGACCAUUGGGUUCUUGGUCCCCUCCAUGACCAAGGCCCUUCUCCUCCGACUGCUCAGUUUGGCCGGGCCGGCAGCUCUAGGAAGAGUCUUGGUGGUUCCAAACUUCUUCCAUUUAAGAAUGAUGGAGGCCACUGUGUUCUUUGGGACCUUGAAUGCUGCAGACAUUUUCCGUGCCUCGACACGAUCCUGUCUUGGAGCUCUACUGACAAUUCCUUCGACCUCAUGGCUUGGUUUUUGCUCUGACAUGCACUGUCUACUGUGGUACCUUCUAUAGACAGGUGUGUGCCUUUCCAAAUCAUGUCCAAUCAAUUGAAUUUACCACAGGUGGACUCCAAUCAAGUUGUAGAAACAUCUCAAGGAUGAUCAAUGCAAGCAGGAUGCACCUGAGCUCAAUUUCGAGUCUCAUAGCAAAGGGUCUGAAUACUUAUGUAAAUAAUGUAUUUGUAUUUUUUUUUAAUAAAUUUGCUUAUUCUAAAAAACUGUUUUCGGUUUGACAUUAUGGGGUAUUGUGUGUAGAUUGAUGAGAAUUUUUCAAGAUCAGUUUUAGAAUAAGGCUGUAACGUAACAACGUGGAAACGGUCAAGGGAUCCUUAAUACUUUCCGAAUGCACUGUGUAUUAGUUUUUAUUUUAUCAGUGUUACACUUAUUACAUCAAAUGAAUGUCAUGAUACCAGACUAGGGUCUGGGACCAUCUUUAUUUGACCUUUUAAUUCAUUACAUUUACAUUUACAUCAUUUAGCAGACACUCUUAUCCAGAGUGACUUACAAAUUGGUACAUUCAACUUAUGAUAGCCAGUGGGACAACCACUUUUUCUUCGGGGGGGUAGGGGUGGGUAGAAGGAUUACUUUAUACUAUUCCAGGUAUUCCUUAAAGAGGUAGGGUUUCAAGUGUCUCCGGAAGGUGGUCAGUGACUCCGCUGUCUUGUUCAUUUUGUUUCUAUAAUAUGAGGGUAACAAACAUGCUGCUGACCAAACUGAUCUGCAAUUAGGUCCUGAUUUAAUAUCCUGACUCUGUUGUUCCUAUGAACAUACAAUAACAUUUAACUAACAACCCCUUGAUUUUCCCCUCUGGGUUUCAGCCGUCAGAGUGUAGUUCUAUUAAAGGACCCAGUACAACAGCUGUGUACCUGUCUUGUACCAUGUUACAAACAGACUCUUGUUUUCUCCCCGUCCACCAGGCUUCAGCCGUCAGAUAGUGGCGCUGUUCAAGGACCAUGCUAUCCAGUACAGCAGCUUUGACAUCCUGUCAGAUGAGGAAGUGAGAUGGGGGCUGAAGACCUUCUCCAAUUGGCCCACCUACCCUCAGGUUUACGUUAAUGGAGAACUCGUAGGGGGACUGGACAUUGUCAAGGUGAGUAAUGUUCAAUACACAUUUAGCCAUACCAUUUUUUUUUUCUCUCCAGAAAAGUGAGGCAAAAAAAAUGAAAAGUUGAACCCUUGUAAAAAAUACUAAACAACCUUGGUACAACACCUAGAGACCUCACCAAGAGAUGUUUAGCCUUUUGGUAUAAUGGUUUUGGAAUGACAGGGACCAGGGUUUGAGUCCUGGUCAGGAUACCUUCCUAAUUAACUACAUUGGUGUCAGGAGUUGGAUAGGACCAUUGAAAAGCAUGCCCCAGCCAAGUUAGAGGCAUAGUUCUGUCAUUUUUUUUAAUAAUUGAUGUGCGACCUGAAAUGUAUAGUAUUCUAUUAAAGUAAUCACACCUAUUGUUACUAUAUUUAACUGCUUCAGCUUCUAUUCAGCUUGAAUUCUACACUUAACACAUCUCCCACUACCAGGCAAAUGUUUUUAGACAGCUGAAGCGAGCACACACAUUGUCUUCAGGAAAUGUACUAUUCUAGUUGAGUCAUGUUUUUCUUACCUUAGAUGUGUUCACUGCAGGCUGACUAGCAGCUAUUAUGUUGCAGUGUCUCAUAAAAUAAAUGCCCAAAUCAACCUAAAAGUAUCUACAAAACAAGUUUUACAGCAACAUAAGGAAGGUUACUAAAAUGUUUUCCUAUUACUGUUCGCGACUUAGAAAUUAUUAUUUAAAUUCCCAGGAUUUGAUUCACCGCGAUCAAACCGAAUCCCAACUACUACAAUGGCGAAGCGAAUCAUUCGAUUUGUAAAAGGAAAAUAAAAAAAAAUAUUUUGGGGUCUGAGCAGUUCUGGACUGGUUCCGACCGAUAUUUCUGUGUACAGCGUGCUCUGUGAACAGCGCAACAUCAAUUGCUUUACACUCACUAAAAGCACUGGUUGUCCCGAUUUCACAUGCGCUAUUACAAGCGCAGCUGUGAGGUUCACAGACACAGGAAAUCUUCCAUUUGCAUGGGGAGCGACAUGUCACAUUUUCUGGCCUAUCCAGACAAAGGAAGGAUUUCCUGUACCUGUGAACCUCGUAGCUGUGCUUGCAAUAGUGCAAUGAAUGAAACAGGAGACUCCAGCGGAGGCAACAAUAACGGUUUCAUCUCACUGUGAUGUUUUCAGAUGGAUUUAGAGCGCUCCACAGGAAAAAUGUGCAAAACCGUUUUGUAGAAUUGAAAGACCGCUUAUUCUUGGUCACAGACGGACAAAACCACUUGUAGCGAGCUGAAGUUGUAAUGAAUAUGGAGACAUUUGAAUAGUGUCUCUGCGUCACUCAGAGGACGUUUGGCAGAAAGUCUCGGUCGUCAGUUUAUAUGAAAUGGUGCCAAUAUUGUACUGUCACUAAGUAUGAUCACAUUUAUACUACAGUUACAGUGAGGGAAAAAAGUAUUGGAUCCCCUGCUGAUUUUGUACGUUUGCCCACUGACAAAGACAUGAUCAGUCUAUCAUUUUAAUGGUAGGUUUAUUUGAACAGUGAGAGACAGAAUAACAACAAAAAAAUCCAGAAAAACACAUGUCAAAAUGUUUUAUAAAUUGAUUUGCAUUUUAAUGAGGGAAAUAAGUAUUUGACCCCCUCUCAAUCAGAAAGAUUUCUGGCUCCCAGGUGUCUUUUAUACAGGUAACGAGCUGAGAUUAGGAGCACACUCUUAAAGGGAGUGCUCAUAAUCUCAGUUUGUUACCUGUAUAAAAGACACCUGUCCACAGAAGCAAUCAAUCAAUCAGAUUCCAAACUCUCCACCAUGGCCAAGACCAAAGAGCUCUCCAAGGAUGUCAGGGACAAGAUUGUAGACCUACACAAGGCUGGAAUGGGCUACAAGACCAUCACCAAGCAGCUUGGUGAGAAGGUGACAACAGUUGGUGCGAUUAUUCACAAAUGGAAGAAACACAAAAUAACUGUCAAUCUCCCUCGGCCUGGGGCUCCAUGCAAUAUCUCACCUCGUGGAGUUGCAAUGAUCAUGAGAACGGUGAGGAAUCAGCCCAGAACUACACGGGAGGAUCUUGUCAAUGAUCUCAAGGCAGCUGGGACCAUAGUCACCAAGAAAACAAUUGGUAACAGACUACGCCAUGAAGGACUGAAAUCCUUAGCGCCCGCAAGGUCCCCCUGCUCAAGAAAGCAUAUAUACAUGCCCGUCUGAAGUUUGCCAAUGAACAUCUGAAUGAUUCAGAGGAGAACUGGGUGAAAGUGUUGUGGUCAGAUGAGACCAAAAUUUAGCUCUUUGGCAUCAACUCAACUCGCCGUGUUUGGAGGAGGAGGAAUGCUGCCUAUGACCCCAAGAACACCAUCCCCACCGUCAAACAUGGAGGUGGAAACAUUAUGCUUUGGGGUUGUUUUUCUGCUAAGGGGACAGGACAACUUCCCCGCAUCAAAGGGACGAUGGACGGGGCCAUGUACCAUCAAAUCUAGGGUGAGAACCUCCUUCCCUCAGCCAGGGCAUUGAAAAUGGGUUGUGGAUGGGUAAUCCAGCAUGACAAUGACCCAAAACACACGGCCAAGGCAACAAAGGAGUGGCUCAAGAAGAAGCACAUUAAGGUCCUGGAGUGGCCUAGCCAGUCUCCAGACCUUAAUCCCAUAGAAAAUCUGUGGAGGGAGCUGAAGGGUCGAGUUGCCAAACGUCAGCCUCGAAACCUUAAUGACUUGGAAAAGAUCUGCAAAGAGGAGUGGAACAAAAUCCCUCCUGAGAUGUGGGCAAACCUGGUGGCCAACUACAAGAAACGUCUGACCUCUGUGAUUGCCAACAAGGGUUUUGCCACCAAGUACUAAGUCAUGUUUUGCAGAGGGGUCAAAUACUUAUUUCCCUAAUUAAAAUGCAAAUCAAUUCAUAACAUUUUUUACAUGUGUUUUUCUGGAUUUUUUUGUUGUUAUUCUGUCUCUCACUGUUCAAAUAAACCUACCAUUAAAAUGAUAGACUGAUAAUUUCUUUGUCAGUGGGCAAACGUACAAAAUCAGCAGGGGAUCAAAUACUUUUUUCCCCUCACUGUAUAAGGAAGGGGAAGUCUUAUAGUAAGUGGUUUUAUAAUUUGAUUGUUAGUAUAUUUGGAAAGCAUUUCAGUCAUUUCAUGCCCUAUUGCCCCACUUUUGUUGAAUAAGGAACAAAAUCCUAUGAUUUUUCAUAAUAUUUGUACUAUGUACUUGAGCUUGUGUCCUAAAAAGUGAGUACAUCUCAGCAAUGUAUAACUAUUUCUACCAGAAAGUUCCAGACCUUUCUAAAACGAUGCAACAGUACCAGUUAUUGUUUAUGGGUCUAUUUAGCCCUAAUAGUCAAGAGGUUAAAAUAAUCAAUUCACGUGAAUCAAAUAAUCGCUUUGUUUUUCAAAUAAUUUUUUAUUUUAUUGUAUUUAUUUUUUAUUUUUUUGUGUGAGGCGUCCGUUAUGCAAUUAAUUACAUAAGUAUGGUCUUACUAAAAUAAUUACCGACUGAAGCUUUAAACACAACUCUGUUCCUGGAGAGCUACCCUCCUGUAGGUUUUGGGUGAGGUUAAGGAGGCAUGGGGGGGCAGGGUAUGCAAAGUCAUAGAAAUAUAAUUGCAAGAACGAACAUUCUCAUUCAAGUCAAUGUUCUGCGAUGGGUGGACCAGCAGCCAUAUUGAGUGUAUCCAUGAGUGGUCCAGUUUAAUUGACAUGGUCUGAGGGGCUUUGUUCCUUCUAGUAAUUAUAUUUCAAUGUGAACAGUAACACAUUUUUUAUUGCAACAUAGAUGUUUUACAGAAUAUUAGUGGGUGGUUUGGUUUCUCCCUACUGCAUGGCAUGCUUUCUCCUAGGUGCUGUGUUUAGCGUUCUGUGUGUCCCUCCUCCAUAGCUGUACAUUCCCACUGAGGUAAUUCAGCUUUAACACAUGAGAGAGCACCUGCUGGGGUAGGAGGGCUGGAUUACUUUAGCUAGGAGCUUCCCUCCCCUCCGAGGGAGGGAGGGAGGGAGGGAGGGAGGGAGUGAGGGAUUAGAUACAGUGGGGAAAAAAAGUAUUUAGUCAGCCACCAAUUGUGCAAGUUCUCCCACUUAAAAAGGUGAGAGAGGCCUGUAAUUUUCAUCAUAGGUACACAUCAACUAUGACAGACAAAUUGAGGAAAAAAAUCCAGAAAAUCACAUUGUAUGAUUUUUUAUGAUUUUAUUUGCAAAUUAUGAUGGAAAAUAAGUAUUUGGUCACCUACAAACAAGCAAGAUUUCUGGCUCUCACAGACCUGUAACUUCUUCUUUAAGAGGCUCCUCUGUCCUCCACUCGUUACCUGUAUUAAUGGCACCUGUUUGAACUUGUUAUCAGUAUAAAAGACACCUGUCCACAACCUCAAACUGUCACACUCCAAACUCCACUAUGGCCAAGACCAAAGAGCUGUCAAAGGACACCAGAAACAAAAUUGUAGACCUGCACCAGGCUGGGAAGACUGAAUCUGCAAUAGGUAAGCAGCUUGGUUUGAAGAAAUCAACUGUGGGAGCAAUUAUUAGGAAAUGGAAGACAUACAAGACCACUGAUAAUCUCCCUCGAUCUGGGGCUCCACGCAAGAUCUCACCCCGUGGGGUCAAAAUGAUCACAAGAACGGUGAGCAAAAAUCCCAGAACCACACGGGGGGGCCUAGUGAAUGACCUGCAGAGAGCUGGGACCAAAGUAACAAAGCCUACCAUCAGUAACACACUACGCCGCCAGGGACUCAAAUCCUGCAGUGCAAGACGUGUCCCCCUGCUUAAGCCAGUACAUGUCCAGGCCCGUCUGAAGUUUGCUAGAGUGCAUUUGGAUGAUCCAGAAGAGGAUUGGGAGAAUGUCAUAUGGUCAGAUGAAACCAAAAUAUAACUUUUUGGUAAAAACUCAACUCGUCGUGUUUGGAGGACAAAGAAUGCUGAGUUGCAUCCAAAGAACACCAUACCUACUGUGAAGCAUGGGGGUGGAAACAUCAUGCUUUGGGGCAGUUUUUCUGCAAAGGGACCAGGACGACUGAUCCGUGUAAAGGAAAGAAUGAAUGGGACAAUGUAUCGUGAAAUUUUGAGUGAAAACCUCCUUCCAUCAGCAAGGGCAUUGAAGAUGAAACGUGGCUGGGUCUUUCAGCAUGACAAUGAUCCCAAACACACCGCCCGGGCAACGAAGGAGUGGCUUCGUAAGAAGCAUUUCAAGGUCCUGGAGUGGCCUAGCCAGUCUCCAGAUCUCAACCCCAUAGAAAAUCUUUGGAGGGAGUUGAAAGUCCAUGUUGCCCAGCGACAGCCCCAAAACAUCACUGCUCUAGAGGAGAUCUGCAUGGAGGAAUGGGCCAAAAUACCAGCAACAGUGUGUGAAAACCUUGUGAAGACUUACAGAAAACGUUUGACCUGUGUCAUUGCCAACAAAGGGUAUAUAACAAAGUAUUGAGAAAUUUUUGUUAUUGACCAAAUACUUAUUUUCCACCAUAAUUUGCAAAUAAAUUCAUUAAAAAUCCUACAAUGUGAUUUUCUGGAUUUUUUUUUCUCAUUUUGUCUGUCAUAGUUGACGUAUACCUAUGAUGAAAAUUACAGGCCUCUCUCAUCUUUUUAAGUGGGAGAACUUGCACAAUUGGUGGCUGACUAAAUACUUUUUUCCCCCACUGUAGCAGCUCUUUUUCUCUUCCUACCCUGGCUGACUGGGGCCUGAGACGCUAGCUGUGUUCCUACCCCGGCUGACUGGGGCCUGAGACGCUAGCUGUGUUCCAAUAUCCAUACUAACCUACUGCAUACUUAAUGAGUAUAUACUACAUACUAUAUACUAUUAGUUCAUCUUAGUAUACUGUAAACGAACGGUAUCUUUUCAGUUGAGUGUUCUAAUGCUUCGCCUGUCUACCGAAAGUUGAUGCUGUUGCUUUGCAACUUCUUGUUAGCGUAACAAAUGACCAGCUAGACAUCUUACGACAUCAUUAACGAUGUCCUUUUGAGAACGCACAACGACUAUACCAGUCAGCUAAGCUAAGAAUGAGGGGAAUAAUCAAGUCAAAUAAAUGUUGUCCUCCAUAUGUGUUCGAUGUGUCAUUGUUUGUGUCCAUUUAAACCCUCUAUGGCUCAACACGGCACGCGAUGCACUGUCUGUGGCUCGAGACAGACAUACCACAACUAUGUAUAGUUAAUAUACUGGCAGGUUCCAUGUAUCAGUAGCCAACUAACGUCAGGUAGCUAGCUAACAUACCGCUACAUACUGCUGUAAUGAUAUGCUAUGCGGUUCGUAAGGCUAGUAGCGUAGCUAACACAUUGUCAGCCAACAUAUAACGUAACUUAUUUUGAAAAGUCAUUACUUUAUUACAUUGCUCAACAUGUUCUUAACAUUGGUCUUAAUCAGUUAAAUCAAUGAUUAUUGACUUUUUAGACUUACAUUUGUAUCCGGUCAAAUCUGAAAAUGUUGUUAAGCCACUCCCAUUUUCUGAAGAAUUGCAUUAUGGGCCCUAAAAGCACGGAAAUAGUGUCCACUGCUUGUAUACUUUUUAUUUUGGCGAAUGUAGUACGACAUCCGGGAUCUUUUGGCAUACUAAUUAUAUCCAUACUAUGACCAAUAAGCAUACUACAUACUCACAAAUAGUACAGAUAGUGUUGUUAGUAUGAGUAUUCAAACACAGCUGCUCUCUACUGCCCCUCCCUCAUUAAGCAGACAGUACACCUGGAUAGUGGAGCAAGUAGACCUGCUGUGUGUGGGACCAGGCCGACUGGGGCCUGAGUUUCCUUCUCGUGUGGCGGUGUGUGUGUGUGUGUGUGUGUGUGUGUGUGUGACUGUGUGUGUGUGUGUGCGCGUUUGAGGAAGAGAUGGAUAGAUCAAGAGAAGGGGGAAGUGGGAAUGGGACUGUAGGUACAGUGGGGAGAACAGGUAUUUGAUACACUGCCGAUUUUGCAGGUUUUCCUACUUACAAAGCAUGUAGAGGUCUGGACUUUUUAUCAUAGGUACACUUCAACUGUGAGAGAUGGAAUCUAAAACAAAAAUCCAAUAAAUCACAUUUGUAUGAUUUUUAAGUAAUUAAUUUGCAUUUUAUUGCAUGACAUAAGUAUUUGAUCACCUACCAACCAGUAAGAAUUCCGGCUCUCACAGACAUGUUAGUUUUUCUUUAAGAAGCCCUCCUGUUCUCCACUCAUUACCUGUAUUAACUGCACCUGUUUGAACUCGUUACCUGUAUAAAAGACACCUGUCCACACACUCAAUCAAACAGACUCCAACCUCUCCACAAUGGCCAAGACCAGAGAGUGGUGUAAGGACAUCAGGGAUAAAAUUGUAGACCUGCACAAGGCUGGGAUGGGCUACAGGACAAUAGGCAAGCAGCUUGGUGAGAAGGCAACAACUGUUGGCGCAAUUAUUAGAAAAUGGAAGUUCAAGAUGACGGUCAAUCACCCUCGGUCUGUGGCUCCAUGCAAGAUCUCACCUCGUGGGGCAUCAAUGAUCAUGAGGAAGGUGAGGGAUCAGCCCAGAACUACACGGCAGGACCUGGUCAAUGACCUGAAGAGAGCUGGGACCACAGUCUCAAAGAAAACCAUUAGUAACACACUACGCCGUCAUGGAUUAAAAUUCUGCAGCGCACGCAAGGUCCCCUUGCUCAAGCCAGCGCAUGUCCAGGCCCGUCUGAAGUUUGCCAAUGACCAUCUGGAUGAUCCAGAGGAGGAAUGGGAGAAGGUCAUGUGGUCUGAUGAGACAAAAAUAGAGCUUUUUGGUCUAAACUCCACUCGCCGUGUUUGGAGGAAGAAGAAGGAUGAGUACAACCCCAAGAACACCAUCCCAACCGUGAAGCAUGGAGGUGGAAACAUCAUUCUUUGGGGAUGCUUUUCUGCAAAGGGGACAGGACGACUGCACCGUAUUGAGGGGAGGAUGGAUGGGGCCAUGUAUCGCGAGAUCUUGGCCAACAACCUCCUUCCCUCAGUAAGAGCAUUGAAGAUGGGUCGUGGCUGGGUCUUCCAGCAUGAUAACGACCCGAAACACACAGCCAGGGCAACUAAGGAGUGGCUCCGUAAGAAGCAUCUCAAGGUCCUGGAGUGGCCUAGCCAGUCUCCAGACCUGAACCUAAUAGAAAAUCUUUGGAGGGAGCUGAAAGUCCGUAUUGCCCAGCGACAGCCUUGAAACCUGAAGGAUCUGGAGAAGGUCUGUAUGGAGGAGUGGGCCAAAAUCCCUGCUGCAGUGUGUGCAAACCUGGUCAAGACCUACAGGAAACGUAUGAUCUCUGUAAUUGCAAACAAAGGUUUCUGUACAAAAUAUUAAGUUCUGCUUUUCUGAUGUAUCAAAUACUUAUGUCAUGCAAUAAAAUGCAAAUUAAUUACUUAAAAAUCAUACAAUGUGAUUUUCUGGAUUUUUGUUUUAGAUUCCGUCACUCACAGUUGAAGUGUACCUAUGAUAAAAAUUACAGACCUCUACAUGCUUUGUAAUUAGGAAAACCUGUAGAAUCGGCAGUGUAUCAAAUACUUGUUCUCCCCACUCUAUGUGUGUUAGUGGGAUUGAGACUGUAGGUAUGUGUGUUUAGUGGGAUUGAGACUGUAGGUAUGUGUGUUUAGUGGGAUUGAGACUGUAGGUAUGUGUGUUUAGUGGGAUUGAGACUGUAGGUAUGUGUGUUUAGUGGGAUUGAGACUGUAGGUAUGUGUGUUUAGUGGGAUUGAGACUGUAGGUAUGUGUGUUUAGUGUAUAGGUACAGUAGAACAAAGGGCCAGUCCAGUGACCCAUCUGAGUGUUGAUACCUGUUGUAGGAACUAGCUGAGUCUGGAGAGCUGGAGAACACCUGUCCCAAGGCUGUUACACUGGAGCACAGGUAAAACUCACCUUUACACACACACACACACACACACACACACACACACACACACACACACAACCACACAACCACACACACACACACACACACACACACAACCAAACACACACACACACACACACACACACGUGGAAGAUGCCACGUUGUAUUGUGCGACUUAUGGACUGUCUUUUAUAACCUACAGGUUGAAGUCGACCAUCAACAGGAGUCCAGUCAUGCUGUUCAUGAAGGGCAAUAAAGAGGUACGUAUGGGUCAGUCAAUAAUAACAGGUCAAUAAAGAGGUACGUAUGGGUCAGUCAAUCAUAACAGGUCAUUAAAGAGGUACGUAUGGGUCAGUCAAUCAUAACAGGUCAAUAAAGAGGUACGUAUGGGUCAGUCAAUCAUAACAGGUCAUUAAAGAGGUACGUAUGGGUCAGUCAAUCAUAACAGGUCAUUAAAGAGGUACGUAUGGGUCAGUCAAUCAUAACAGGUCCUUAAAGAGGUACGUAUGGGUCAGUCAAUCAUAACAGGUCAUUAAAGAGGUACGUAUGGGUCAGUCAAUCAUAACAGGUCAAUAAAGAGGUAUGUAUGGGUCAGUCAAUCAUAACAGGUGUGUGUGUUUUGCCUGUGUACUUCAUUAAUGGAGUAGAAAAGGAGAAUAGGACUUGAAUAUAAUUGCAACAUAAUUGCAGCUAAUCGGAAAUAAAUGCUCUGCAUAAACAUACAUGGACAAUAAACUGAGGCUUGUGUUUGGCCUGUAUAAUACUGUUCUAAUAGAACUCCUAUACAUUACUUCAAGAGGCAACAGUUGGCGUAUAUAAUAGAUGAGGAAAAUGUGUCUUGCAUACGUUAACAGAAUUACAGCUAAUCUGAAAUCAAUGAUGUUCUGCACAGAGCAGAGCAGAGCAGAGCGAUUCCCCCCCCCCCCCCGACAGACACACACACACACACACACACACACACACACACACACACACACACACACACUAAUGCUUCAGCAGGACCUCCUCCUAUCUCUUCAUACAGGUAUUGAUUUCUACUGCUCACAGAUGAACAGAUAUCUUCAGAGUAGUUUAAAGCUAGUCCCCUGUGAAUCCCCUUCUCUCUCCCUCCCCUUUCACUCACUCGUUCACUUGCAAAAAAAAAACAAGUUUUAUAUGGAUCUUUAUUCGCUUUCCCUCCAUUUCUUGAAAGACAGUUUUUAAGUGGGUGCUUUGAAACCAAUAGGAGUUGGAACUUGCUCAAUGAAAGCUUUUAGUUUGAUGCUAUUCAUUCUGUAGUGAAGAAGUCCCAAUUCCUCCUGCUUCAGAGUAGCACUUAACGAUGACUUAUCUUUGAAAGCAUUUCUCCUACUCACUCAGAAAGCACCGUUUUUAUAUUUGCUAUUUUCAAUAACCGUUGCCUUUUAAAAGACCAGAAACAUUCCUUCCUGUAAUUUGGUUCUGCAAUAAAAUGGUUUGGUGUGGACUCACCUGUUGGAGGAUCUGAAAUGUUUUAAUAUGUUUAUUAUAAAGUGUAUGUUCUUUGUUAAUCAUACCCAGGCCAGGAUCUGGAGUUUUAUAUCUAAAGUGUGUUUUUCUUCCUAUGUCUAUAGCAAGCCAAAUGUGGAUUCAGUCGGCAGAUACUGGAGAUAAUGAACAGUGCGGGGUAAGAUAACACCCCUAUAUCUUUAUCAUGAUAAUGAACAGUGCAGGGUAAGAUAACACCCCUAUAUCUUUAUCAUGAUAAUGAACAGUGCAGGGUAAGAUAACACCCCUAUAUCUUUAUCAUGAUAAUGAACAGUGCAGGGUAAGAUAACACCCCUAUAUCUUUAUCAUGAUAAUGAACAGUGCAGGGUAAGAUAACACCCCUAUAUCUUUAUCAUGAUAAUGAACAGUGCAGGGUAAGAUAACACCCCUAUAUCUUUAUCAUGAUAAUGAACAGUGCAGGGUAAGAUAACACCCCUAUAUCUUUAUCAUGAUAAUGAACAGUGCAGGGUAAGAUAACACCCCUAUAUCUUUAUCAUGAUAAUGAACAGUGCAGGGUAAGAUAACACCCCUAUAUCUUUAUCAUGAUAAUGAACAGUGCAGGGUAAGAUAACACCCCUAUAUCUUUAUCAUGAUAAUGAACAGUGCAGGGUAAGAUAACACCCCUAUAUCUUUAUCAUGAUAAUGAACAGUGCAGGGUAAGAUAACACCCCUAUAUCUUUAUCAUGAUAAUGAACAGUGCAGGGUAAGAUAACACCCCUAUAUCUUUAUCAUGAUAAUGAACAGUGCAGGGUAAGAUAACACCCCUAUAUCUUUAUCAUGAUAAUGAACAGUGCAGGGUAAGAUAACACCCCUAUAUCUUUAUCAUGAUAAUGAACAGUGCAGGGUAAGAUAACACCCCUAUAUCUUUAUCAUGAUAAUGAACAGUGCAGGGUAACAUAACACCCCUAGAUCUUUAUCAUGAUAAUGAACAGUGCAGGGUAAGAUAACACCCCUAGAUCUUUAUCAUGAUAAUGAACAGUGCAGGGUAAGAUAACACCCCUAGAUCUUUAUCAUGAUAAUGAACAGUGCAGGGUAAGAUAACACCCCUAGAUCUUUAUCAUGAUAAUGAACAGUGCAGGGUAAGAUAACACCCCUAGAUCUUUAUCAUGAUAAUGAACAGUGCAGGGUAAGAUAACACCCCUAUAUCUUUAUCAUGAUAAUGAACAGUGCAGGGUAAGAUAACACCCCUAUAUCUUUAUCAUGAUAAUGAACAGUGCAGGGUAAGAUAACACCCCUAUAUCUUUAUCAUGAUAAUGAACAGUGCAGGGUAAGAUAACACCUCUAUAUCUUUAUCAUGAUAAUGAACAGUGCAGGGUAAGAUAACACCCCUAUAUCUUUAUCAUGAUAAUGAACAGUGCAGGGUAAGAUAACACCCCUAUAUCUUUAUCAUGAUAAUGAACAGUGCAGGGUAAGAUAACACCCCUAUAUCUUUAUCAUGAUAAUGAACAGUGCAGGGUAAGAUAACACCCCUAUAUCUUUAUCAUGAUAAUGAACAGUGCAGGGUAAGAUAACACCCCUAUAUCUUUAUCAUGAUAAUGAACAGUGCAGGGUAAGAUAACACCCCUAUAUCUUCAUCAUGUUGUUACGUUGAUUUAUUUAGAUAAGAUGUCUUCUUCAUGUUGUUAUUUUUAGUGGUAAUUAUUCAUAGAUUCAGAUAGAUUUCAAUCACAUGUUAACUCCAGUGAGAUAUUCCUUAGUGUACAGCAUGCAGAGGACUAGAGGUCUAGGAGGAAUGAAUGGAGACAGAGAAAAUGUUGUUUUAUAAUAUGAUGCUUUGGUUAAUAUCAUGCCUGUGCUUUGUGUUUGCAGAGUGGAAUACAGUACCUUUGAUAUACUGGAAGACGAGGAGGUAAAACAGCCUCUCUGUGUCUGUCUGGGACAUUUUGCUUUAGAUUCAUUUAAGUCAAGGCUUAUUUUCUCAGCAGUGAUAUUCAAAUAUGCAGAAAAACAGAUCGUAUGUUGUAAUUUUAGGUGUUUUGAUUCUGAACGCCUCUUCCUUGCAACCAAAGUCCCUUUGAAGCUUUGAGCCCCCCACAAAACGAUGUUGGUGAAACCUAAAGAUGUGUAACGUUGUUUUGUUCAUGUCUCUUCCACUCACCAAUCUCCAGGUCAGACAGGGGCUGAAGACAUACUCAAACUGGCCAACGUACCCUCAGCUAUACGUCAAGGGGGAACUCAUUGGCGGGCUGGACAUUGUGAAGGUGAGAAUGGAUUUAGUUUUACACCUUAGGCCAGGGCUGCCCAACCCACUUCCUGGAGAUCUCCUGUCCUGUGGGUUUUCAGUCCAACCCUCUUCCUGGAGAUCUACUGUCCUGUAGGUUUUCAGUCCAACCCUCUUCCUGGAGAUCUACUGUCCUGUAGGUUCAGUCCAACCCUCUUCCUGGAGAUCUCCUGUCCUGUGGGUUUUCAGUCCAACCCUCUUCCUGGAGAUCUACUGUCCUGUAGGUUUUCAGUCCAACACUCUUCCUGGAGAUCUACUGUCCUGUAGGUUCAGUCCAACCCUCUUCCUGGAGAUCUACUGUCCUGUGGGUUUUCAGUCCAACCCUCUUCCUGGAGAUCUACUGUCCUGUGGGUUUUCAGCCCAACCCUAAUUUAACACACCUGAUUCUACUUAUUAGCUGCUCAACAAGACCUUAACUAGCUGAAUCAGAUAUGCUAAAUUAGGGUUGGACUGAAAACCCACAGGACCGGAGAUCUCCAGGAAGAGGGUUGGACUGAAAACCCACAGGACCGGAGAUCUCCAGGAAGAGGGUUGGACUGAAAACCCACAGGACAGUAGAUCUCCAGGAAGAGGGUUGGACUGAACCUACAGGACAGGAGAUCUCCAGGAAGAGGGUUGGACUGAAAACCCACAGGACAGGAGAUCUCCAGGAAGAGGGUUGGACUGAAAACCCACAGGACAGUAGAUCUCCAGGAAGAGGGUUGGACUGAAAACCUACAGGACAGUAGAUCUCCAGGAAGAGGGUUGGACUGAAAACCCACAGGACAGGAGAUCUCCAGGAAGAGGGUUGGACUGAACCUACAGGACAGGAGAUCUCCAGGAAGAGGGUUGGACUGAAAACCUACAGGACAGGAGAUCUCCAGGAAGAGGGUUGGACUGAAAACCUACAGGACAGUAGAUCUCCAGGAAGAGGGUUGGACUGAAAACCCACAGGACAGGAGAUCUCCAGGAAGAGGGUUGGACUGAACCUACAGGACAGGAGAUCUCCAGGAAGAGGGUUGGACUGAAAACCUACAGGACAGGAGAUCUCCAGGAAGAGGGUUGGACUGAACCUACAGGACGGUAGAUCUCCAGGAAGAGGGUUGGGCAGCUCUGCCUUAGACCAUUAUUGCACUUAUUACCACCACUUAGGCAUAUAUUUGUCUCCCGAGUGGCGCAGUGGUCUAAGGCACUGCAUCGCAGUGCUAGCUGUGCCACUAGAGAUCCUGGUUCGAAUCCAGGCUCUGUCGUAGCCGGCCGCGACCGGGAGACCCAUGGGGCGGCGCACAAUUGGCCCAGCGUUGUCCAGGGUAGGGGAGGGAAUGGCUGGCAGGGAUGUAGCUCAGUUGGUAGAGCAUGGCGUUUGCAUGGCGGUUGUGGGUUCGAUUCCCACGGGGGGCCAGUAUGAAAAAUUUUAAAAAAUAAUAAUGUAUGCACUCACUAACUGUAAGUCGCUCUGGAUAAGAGCGUCUGCUAAAUGACUAAAAUGUAAAUGUAAAUGUAAAUAUUCAGCCUGGUCCAGGACUAAAAACCAUCCACAAGGGAGAUUCUCCAUUAAAAUAGCUUUUUAGUCCCAAACUAGGCUUAAUCUGUGUCCCGGGAAACCGACCCUUAUACUAUCAACCGGACAGACAGAGACAACAGCAGUACCACAGUCUCUCCACCUGGUGUCACUAAAGCACCGUGUUCUGUUAGCUUACCCUGCUUAAUGUCCUCACCCCAUGUACAGUCAGGUAAGCGGCAUGGAGGGUUCAUCCUCCGUAAUAAAAAGCACAGAGGAAAAGAUGAUCUAAUGUAAAUACCAAGGUUUCUUAGUGAACUACAUUAAACCAUGCUAGGGAGGUUACACAGCAUGCAGAUAAUAAUGUCCCAAGGGUGUAUCUAACAGUAAUCCUCUUAUUGGUAUGCCUACUUAUUUCACCAAGAGCCUUGCUUUGUAUAAACUAGGCCUCUACUCCGGGGGGCUUACAGCAGCAUAUUGCCCAACAGUAGCUAGAGAUUAAAGUCAGCUGGAGUUCAGUUCUAAUAGAUCACCUGUCAAUCACUGUUCUUUCAAGGACUGCAUUGUGAUAACAUGAGUUUCACGAGACAGGAGUUCUCUGUGAAUCUAUUCGUAGUUAGUUUCACGAGACAGGAGUUCUCUGUGAAUCUAUUCGUAGUUAGUUUCAUGAGACAGGAGUUCUCUGUGUAUCUAUUCAUAGUUAGUUUCAUGAGACAGGAGUUCUCUGUGAAUCUAUUCGUAGUUAGUUUCAUGAGACAGGAGUUCUCUGUGAAUCUAUUCGUAGUUAGUUUCAUGAGACAGGAGUUCUCUGUGAAUCUAUUCGUAGUUAGUUUCAUGAGACAGGAGUUCUCUGUGAAUCUAUUCGUAGUUAGUUUCAUGAGACAGGAGUUCUCUCUGUGAAUCGAUUCAUAGUUAUUGUGCAUCAAUAGAAUAUUUAUUUCUGGAUCCUGUUGGAAUGGGGCUUACAUGAUGGACCCAAUAGGCUGUUAUUUUCUCAUGUAUCAUGAUCAGCCGGUACGAAGAUCAGACCUGUAUUGACACGUGUGUUCUGUGUUUUUUUUUUACAGGAGCUUAAAGAGAGCGGAGACCUUCCUUCAGUCCUUAGGGGUGAAUGCUAGAUGCCGGUAGCACUGUCACUGUGAUGGGAAUAAAGCUAUGGACUACUGCACACUUCCUUACCCUCUAUCGUCUUAGAACUUCCUUGACCUCUCACUUAAAAAGCCAACAGGGUCACGGUGAAUGCAGUCUGGAGGUACAAGAGAUGAAAUAGGGUCCUAUAUUCUCCACCCAUUGAUUUCUUAACAUAGCACAGGUGUACACGUAUCAAAAGAGAUGUGUCCAAGUUAACCCAAUUGAUCAAAGUGCGUUUUGCCACCAUCAGUUGCAAAUGGAAUAAAGUCGUCCAUGAUGCUGCC